AUGGCCAACCAAACCAUUGUCCUACCCCGCGCCACCCGUUCUGUCAACCGACUCCUACGUUCGCAGAUCCUACGAGGUGAUACUGCUCGGAUAUGCAAGAGAUGUAUUUCUACGGUGCAACACCGCAAUGAGCAGGAUGGACCUGAUUCCUUGACCUUUUCCGAACGGGCACCGUUCUUGGCCCAGAAUGAGCUGUUCAGUCGACGCCAUAUCGGUCCGUCUCCUGAGGACGAGACGGAGAUGCUCAAGACACUCGAUCCUCCGGUCAAGGAUCUUGAAGACUUCAUACAACAAUCUCUGCCUCAGGGGAUCCGACAGAAUGGCGCCAUUGGCCUCAUGGAUGCACAAGGGAGACAUAACGUCAAAGGACGCAGUGAGAAACAAGUGCAAAGUGAGCUGAAUAAACUGGCAAAAUUGAACACGCUCUCGCGCAAUUUCAUAGGCGCUGGAUACUAUGGGACAACUACUCCACCGGUUAUCACGAGAAAUAUACUGGAAAAUCCGGCGUGGUACACUAGUUAUACCCCGUAUCAGGCGGAGAUCAGCCAGGGUCGUUUGGAAUCGCUGUUGAAUUUCCAAACCCUCGUGACCGAUCUCACGGGCCUUGCGAUCGCCAACGCAUCUGUCCUCGAUGAAGGCACUGCUGCUGCUGAAGCCAUGACCCUGUCCAUGAAUGCUCUUUCCACCUCUCGACUGCGGGCACCGGGCAAGACAUUUGUUGUCUCGAGCCUUUGCCAUCCUCAAACCAUUGCGGUUCUGGAGGCGAGGGCAGCAGGAUUCGGCAUAAAGAUCGUGGUGGGUGACAUUCUGGAGAAUGACUGUCAGCUUGUCAAAAGCCAGGGAAAGAACUUGGUUGGCGUUCUCGCACAAUAUCCUGACACCACUGGAGGCGUCUUCGACUUUCAGAAUCUGGCAGACGUUGUACACUCCGCCGAUUCCACCUUCUGUGUCGCGACUGACCUGCUCGCUCUCACUCUCUUGAAAGCACCGGGAGAAUUUGGUGCCGAUGUCGCCUUUGGAAGUGCACAGCGAUUCGGUGUGCCAAUGGGUUUUGGCGGUCCGCAUGCUGCCUUCUUUGCUUGCAACGAGAAACACAAACGGAAAAUUCCUGGUCGACUAGUCGGUGUGUCCAAAGAUCGACUCGGCAAUCGCGCUCUUCGCCUCGCCCUCCAAACUCGGGAGCAACACAUCCGUCGAGAGAAGGCUACCAGCAAUAUUUGCACUGCUCAAGCACUCCUUGCUAACAUGAGCGCGUUCUAUGCUAUUUAUCACGGACCAGAGGGCUUGAAAAACAUCGCUCAUCGGAUCUGGGCCAUGGCUAAAUUUGUCCAAAUGUUGAUUGAGAAGCACAGCAAGACCCUCAAAGUCGUCACCAAAGGUGUUGGCGACGAUGGCGCGGUGCUCUUUGACACCGUUACCCUAGAAGCGCAGGACAACGAUGCAUAUGAGAAGGUAUUGGCUCGAGCUUCUAAACAGGGAGUGAGCCUACGAACAAAUGUUCCCGGAAGUACCCCAGGUAAACCACGGCUCGCUUUCUCGAUUGACGAAGCUACUGGCAGCAAGAAUCUUGUCAAACUGGCCAGUGUUCUUGGAAUCAAGGACAGUGACGUCGCAGCUGCUUUACAAGACUCGCAAAUCCUGUCGAAGGUUAACAAACGGAAUGCUGCGCAUACUCUGCAGAGAUCAAGUCCCUUUUUGACCCAUCCUGUCUUUAAUCAACAUCACUCCGAAACUGAACUGCUUCGAUAUAUGCACCAUCUCCAGUCAAAAGACCUGUCCCUUGUUCACUCGAUGAUCCCACUAGGUUCCUGUACUAUGAAACUCAACGGCACUACAGAGAUGCUACCUGUGUCUAAUGUCGGUUGGUCCGCACUUCACCCCUUCGCUACCGGUGCAGAUGGCUAUAAGGCUCUCAUUGAGAGGCUCUCCAACAAUCUGGCGACAAUCACCGGUAUGGAUGCCGUCAGUCUACAGCCAAAUUCGGGCGCACAGGGUGAGUUUACUGGUCUCCGGGUCAUCGAGAAGUAUCACGCCACCAGAGGCCAGAGUCAGCGAAAGGUAUGCUUGAUCCCCGUCUCCGCUCACGGAACGAACCCUGCAUCUGCGGCCAUGGCUGGAAUGAAAGUUGUCCCAUUGAAAUGCGACACGAAGACCGGAAAUCUGGAUAUCAAGGACCUCAAGGAGAAAUGCGAAAAGCACAAAGAUGACCUGGCUGCAAUUAUGGUUACAUACCCCAGUACUUUUGGUGUUUUCGAACCAGCAAUCAAGGAAGUUUGUCAGAUUGUGCACGAACACGGCGGUCAAGUUUACAUGGACGGUGCCAACCUCAAUGCUCAAAUCGGCCUAUGCAACCCCGGCGAAAUUGGAGCUGAUGUGUGCCAUCUGAACCUGCACAAGACUUUCUGUAUUCCCCACGGAGGUGGUGGACCUGGCGUGGGACCGAUCGCGGUCAAGGAUCACCUUCAACCAUUCUUACCUACUCACCCUCUUGUGGAUCCCCACCCUGGACCGGAUCGAGCCAGGACAGCCAUCUCUCCAGUAAGCUCUGCGCCAUGGGGCAGUGCUCUCAUUCUACCUAUCAGCUAUGCCUACAUCCAACUUAUGGGUAGUGAAGGACUGAAGCAUGGUACGGAAAUGGCACUACUGAAUGCAAACUACAUCAUGUCACGCCUCAGGCCACACUAUCCCAUUGUCUAUACCAAUGCCAAUGGACGGUGUGCACACGAAUUCAUUCUGGACGCAAGAGGAUUCAAGGCGACGUCGGGUGUUGAGGCCAUCGACAUCGCCAAGCGGCUGCAAGACUACGGUUUCCACGCCCCUACCAUGAGCUGGCCAGUGGCAAACACUCUCAUGAUUGAACCUACGGAGUCGGAGUCGAAGGAGGAGCUUGACCGAUUCUGCGAUGCGUUGAUCGAAAUCAGACAGGAGAUCAAAGCUAUCGAAGACGGAAAAAUGCCGCGAGAGGGUAACGUCCUCAAGAUGUCGCCGCAUCCACAACAAGAUCUGAUGCGAAAUGACUGGGAUCGGCCGUACAGCCGAGAGCAAGCGGCAUAUCCUCUGCCGUGGCUGCGGGAGAAGAAAUUCUGGCCCACGGUAGCCCGAGUUGACGACGCCUAUGGAGAUACCAACCUUUUCUGCACUUGUACUCCUGUUGAAGGGUUUGAGCAGGAAGGCCUCACGGGACUCGAAGCACCGGUGCCUACAUAA